UUGUCUCCAAAUAUCUCCCCUUCGUCGACAUCAACGUUUUCCUUUGAACAUUAGCUUUCACCAGAAGAGUUUUAACCGCGAUCGCUGCAAUAGAAACCCGAAAUUAUGUCUUCGAACAGAAGAGCUUCGUUUCAAGUGAAUGUGCUUCGGCGGAGCCCUCGACGAAGAACGAAGACUCCAUCUGUUAAUGAACUGCCGAAGAAAUGUAGUGAGUAUACAAGAAGUCUAUUUUUAUUGCGCUUGUAUGUUGUAGUUUCAUCUAAUGUAGUAAAUCUCAUGUUCUGAUUGCUUGCGGUCGACGCAAACUAUAGGGACGCUGCGUUGUGAAGUUCUAUUGUUGUGCCGUCUUCUUUGUUGGGAAUAAUUAGGGUUAACGAAACCGUUGUUGAGUGGAGGCAUUUUGUCUUAUACUUCGACGAUAAUGGCUUUAAGUUACCUUGAAAUUGAUUUUUAUUACAUUGAAGACGUCUAUGGUCUCAACGACACUGCUACGACUUGCUAAAAUAGGUUCAUGUGGCUUUGAAUGUCUAUAAUAAAGCUGGUUACACUGUCAGUUUUCCAUAAUUUUUAUAAAAAUUCCUUUCCAUUACAAUGAUCUAUGAACUAAGUCGUUUGUAGAGUGGUACAGCCUCUUUGAUCUGACCUUGCAUGGUUAGUAGUAGCAGAAUAAGACACAAAAUUCAGGACAGGUUUUUAGACAUCAGUAAACAUUCCAGCCUCCAUCAUUUUGAACUUCUUAUUACAAGGAAAAAACAAGAAAUUUCAAAGAAUUCCAGCAAAAGUCAUUUGAACCAAUUAGAGCUAGACUAAAACAUUAAAAGAUUAAAAUAAUAGCACCUCAGUGAAUCAAAAACUGCAUUCCUAUGAGUGCAAUUUCACAAAUUGUUUACACUGUCUGCUGUCUGAUUGUGAAAAAAAUAGAAUUUAUUUGUAUUUACCAGAGUAUUUACCAAAUCAGUGAAUAGCAAUUUUUGCGCAUUUUGAUUGGCUCCCGUUCCUUGGAAUAUCCUUGGCUAUUCACUGUUUUGUGUCCAGUGCCAAGAUGGCGUCUCGUUUCAAGACAUAUUUGGAAGACGAAAUUUGAGCGAUAAAUGAAGCAGUCGUACAAAUAAAUACCAAGAAAGCGACGAACUCUGGCUUGUCGGUGUUUACUGGUAGGUAGAAAAUUAUUUUCAAGCUGAAUUUGCAAAAAAAUGGUAAAAAUGCACUUGAUAAAAUCCCCAAACUGUUUGUAAAUUGUAAACAAAGUUCCUACUAAGUGAUGUUUUUAGGCGACAAGAAGGUUUGUUUUUUUGUUUUUAUCCAACUGAUUCAGUAAAUACUAAAACAACUAUCCCCCUCAGGGUUGGUGAACAGCGCUUGAUAUAUACCUUGAUGCUUCGCGUCUUGGUAUAAAUUAUAUCCACCACUAUUCACCUCCCCUUCGGGGGAUAGUUGUAUAUUAUUUUCUUACUAAUGUGUACAGCUAGAAAUUCAUGUGCAGAAGUUUAUUUUGUUUUAUUUUAUUAGCCUAACCACAUGAAGCCAGUUAUUGUGGGCCCAUAACAGUCCCUUCCCCCAUAAAAGUUAGAGCACACUUUUAAGGUCUAUGUCCCCUACCCCUUUUCAAUACAAUGUUGUAGGUUCUGAUACCCCUUGGAAAGGAAAAGAAAGGGAGAGGGAAACAGGGCUAACAGCUUAGCACUGGUUAUGAUUUACAGUGUUCACUCCAGGCUGCAUUUUUGCAUCAUUGACAUGGUAAAUUACAGUAUAUCCUGACCCAAAAUGAAAUUAUAGUAGUGUCAUACGGUCAAUAGAAACUAAAGAAAACAAGUUUAUAGAUCACACAGCAGUGGGCAUUUGACAGUAAAUAACAUAAAAACAUGUGAUUUCCAGCACUCUUUGUGUCAGGCAUUCCAUGCAAUUCUGAGAAAGACUGGAAGCUGCACAUUUUGCAUGUAUUGCAUUGGCCAUCAAUGUUUUUCUUAGUUCAUUUGUUCUUCUUUGUAAGAAGGAGCAAAGAAGAAUGAUAAGAGACAGGAGAGAUAGUUUGGAUGAUGUCAGUUUUCCAAAGUUUUUUUUAGAUGUAAGAGCAUAGCUAGACCUGGACAAGUGUUAAAAUGACCCAAUUUAAAUUAGCAUAAGGGACAGUACAUAAUGACCCACUUUGACAAAUUUCUAAACUGAACUCUGGAUUGAUUGGUUUUGUCAAGAGGCCUCAGCUACAAAAGUUGCACCGUAAUACUGGAUCUCUUGUUUUCUCUUAUUAAGAAAUAAGUCCUAGAGGGAAACGAAAACUGGAGUUUCAGCACGAGAAGCCACUGAAAGGACGAACAUACUACUUGGAUCUUCCAGGCUACAGGAAACUCAACAGUUUACAAACAAGAAUCAAGGAGUUAGGAGGGGUAAGAUAUGAGGACGUCUCUUUCCUUUACACCUACAGACGACGUCAGUCUCUAUAACUUCAUGUGUUCCCUACCUCUAUGGCAGCUGGGCUUACACAACGUGUGGUUCCAAAAAUUAUCCAUACCUCCCCCACGGAAGGGAUUUUUCCCUAGACCCCACCUUACCUCUCGGGAAAUUCCAGUCAAGCUUCAUACAUCAGGAGUUUCUACUCCCUUCUAUGGGGGGAGUAUAGAUAUUUUCUGGAACUACACAAUCUUGAAAAGACCCUGAAUUCCAGAGGAAAUUCUUGAAGAGUCCUUGAUAAAGAUCUUAAUUUCUGGUGCAAACCCUGUCUACAAUACAGACACCUCUGUAAUGUGACAGUUAGGCUGGUCCCUUUGGUGGUGAUUUCAUUACAAAAAGCUAUAAGUGGGUCCUGGCACUUAUCUUGUGAAAAAUCAUUUCUCAGUCCAAAAAAGAAAUCAGUUAUUUUUGUUGGAGUAUUUACAUUGAAUUGCCACUGUUUGUUUGUUUAGAAUCUACUUUUGGACAGCUGUGAAAGGCAGACAAUAAAUUUUUGCUCUCUUGACUGAGAUAAGUUUUAUAACAGACAAAAAUCACACCAACAUUACUCUUCAAACAUCUCCAAAUCAAUCAGUUGAUUCAUACCCUGAAUUAUUUGCCACUUUGGAGAUUUUCAUGUGUCAGAGACACAGGGUGCAGAGACACUGAAUAUGUUAUAACAGUCAUUUGUUUUGGCUGGGCAGCAAUAUUUUCUAUCAGUUUAAGAAGGGCUGACCACCUGGCCUUACAUGGUAAAUACUUAGGAAAAAACAUUACCUUUUGUAACAGGAAAAUGUACAAUUAACGUGACAUUUUUAACUGUAUUCAUAACAUGAAUCCCACGGCAAGACCAAGUAUGGAGGAAAACAAGUCACAUGUGGCAUCCAUGUUUUUUUGCUCAAAGAAGAAAUAUCUACACAUCUAUUUCUGGGGCUUUUUCGUCAAAUUUCAAAACUUUCAGGGCUUGUAAGGACCAACAAGAACCAAGUUUGCUGUUUGUGCCUCAAUGCUACAACCAUUUGCAAAAUACUUGCAACACUGUACAGUAGUUGGGCUUAAUUGGCCUGCCCAUGAUCUUGUGCUUGCGAUCACCCUUCUUCCCUUGUCAAAGUUGCAAGUAAUACAAGACCUUUCUCAAACCAUUGAGGAACAACUCUGAAUGAAGGGGAGGGAGGGAGUGAGUGUUAUAUCUCAUAUGUGUGACUAGCAGCAAUUUGUGGUUAAAAAGGCCGUUUUUUCGACAGAGUGUCUUAUCAUUAAUUGUAACUGGUUUUAGCAGGAUGCAAUAUUUGCAUUGUCUGGUUAUAAAGUCCAGCUGUAUCCAUGUUUAGCCAUACAUUAUCAGAGAUGUAGCAAAGGAGAAGCUAAGCAGGCUUUCUUAUUUGUCAAACUGGCUUUUUUACUAAGUUGCAUGUUUAAAAUUACUCCAUGUCUUUGUUUCCCAGAGCAGGUGAAAUUAGCUGGCAGCUCAUCCCUGCAUUAUAAAGCGAUUCAUCACGAAGUUGAUGAAAGUCCACAGAAAGAAGAGCUCUUAGCUAUUACAUGUAAUUGUGUAAGUCAUAUGUCUUGUAAGAUUGAGUUUUGAUGAGAUAUCUGUUUUCCUUAAAAGGUGGUAGAGGAGUUCCUGAGUAAGGACAUCAGUUGCGUUGUUACAAACAGAAAAGAUGUCGAAACAGGCUGCUCACCUCGAAGUAAUUCCACACCCAGCCCCAUCCUGUCAAUUCCAAGUCCAUUCCCUGGAAAUACCAAAAGGUAAAAACCUUUUAAUUGAAUAUAAUAUAAAUACAAUAGAUGGUUCUUAAGAGUGGUAACAGAGAGGUUCUGUUUAACUCUAGCCAGCAAUAUGCCCCCUUUCUGUCUACAUGUAUAUAUAUACUGUUACAGGUUGAUUCUCAAUUUAUAAUGUCUCCUAGUCCUAGGAGAAAAAAUGCACUUUAUUUGAGUGUCAAGUAUUGAGCACAAAAGUACUAAUAAGGGACACUAUAUAAUAACGUCUCCGACUGGAGACGAGACUGCACUUUACGUGGUCAUCCAAGCCAUGCGAAGGUCUAGCCGCUUGCAGUGCAAAGGGAGUACCUUCAUUUCUCAGUUAUUUUAAGACCCUCAACAUUGGUCCAGCCACGGUAAUCAAACCCGGGACCCCCCGCUCUAUAGUCAAGCGCUCUUCCAACUGAGCUAAUCCUGCUGCAGUUAGAAUCAAUCUAGGUUAAAAAAUUUUAUCCAGAAACCAAAUUUGACCCAUAACAUAUAAAUCCCAGGGAAAGAAGGCAUUCCUUUUGCUUUCAAAUUGGGACUUGGGAAGUUUGGAGAGCACUCAAGAAGCUAGAGUUGUUCUCGGCCAUGCCUAGAGCACUGUGCCGUAUUUGGGCUUAAAUGGCCUGUCAAUGAUAUUGUGCUUGUGAUCGCCUUCCUGCCCUUGUCAAAGUUUCUAGUAACACAAGACCCAUUCUCAAACCUUGGAGGAACAACUCUAAAUGGAGUGGUACCCUUCUUAAGUCCAGGGUUGUCAGAAGGUUUUGAAGUAGACAGCUGAGUUCUUAAAGUAAGCAGCCAGUCCAGAGACAUUUUAUUUAUAAAACACCAUCCAUAAACAAAUUCUAAGUAGAGUAGCCAGCCGAUACAAACCAAGUAGGCGGAUAUUUUUGCCAGCAGCUGGCUACUUUUGACAACCGCGAGUACUCUCCAAACUUCCUGCGUGCAUCCAUAACUCUACAUACGCAGGUUAAGCAUGAACCAAUUAUUAAACUUCUCUCUCUUUUUAAAAAGAUUAACUCUGAAGUUUUGAUGAAAAUCUUAGACUUAGACUGCCCUAAAUUGAUUGCCAGGUUCUACAGGUUUUGCUGCCCUCACUCUGAAUGUUCUGUGUCAAUGAAUUCAUAAUUAGAGGUAAAACAGAGUGAUGAUUUAUGUUAAUCUGGUUUACCAAUAAAUAAUAAUGAUUAUAAUGAUCGUUCGAACUUCAUCAGCAAUGAUAUUUCUCUGCGUUCACUUUUAUUCUAGCUCAUCAGCAAAGGGUUUUGCAGUACCAUCUCCUCUAAGUGCAGACUCUGCCAGUGCUGAACAGCCAGGACCACACCCUCCUAAACACAAUAUACGUGGCAAGGCCCUUGCAGCACAGGCAGCACUUACAUGCAAGCAUGGUACUAGCAAUGUCAUUGCCAAUGCAAGAAAUUGGGGUGUGGAAAUUGUAUCACUUGAGGAGAUGCUGGAAACCUUAGAGCAGUUUGGAAGCAUUGUGAAAAAGCCCUCAGCUAGCAAACCACUUGUAACUGGACGAGUGCCAAAGCAAAGUGUUAAACCUAAGGUGCGAAAGUUGCGUGCUCCUUUCAUCAAAGUUGAGGAUCAUAGCCAUUGCUACAAGCCACUGGUCCAUGAGUUGAAGGAAUGGCCCAAGAUUUAUUUUGAUAGUCCUCUGGGAAGCUGUCCAUUUGACCCUCCAAAGGUUGAUGUGGAAAAUGAUCAUGAAGGACAAGACAAAAGCAAGAGGUAAAGAACUUAAAUGACAUGUUGCAUGAAUGGAACACCAAGUGCUGUUGGAUUCAAUGCCAAUGUUCCCCCAUAUAAGGGCUGAAAAUCAGUAUUUAAAAAAUUAAUAGACAACAAUUUUCCAUGUUCUUUUCUCUUACCCUUUAAGCACAAGUAUCCAUUGCAAACACAAUAAUUUUCCAGACUGACUCCUUUUAGGGAACUAACCAGGGUUGUCAGAAAGUUUUGAAGUAGACGGCUGAGUUGUUUAAGUAAGCGGCCAGUCCAGGGAUAUUUUAUUUAAAGAACGCCAUCCAUAAAGAAAUAUCGAGCAUAGUAGCUGGCUGAUACUAACGAAGUAGGCGGCGAUUUUCGCAGUAAUUUCUGUGGCAGCUAUUAUGGCUGUUGUUUAAUGAUGCAUAUUUCUUUUAGCCUUUAUUGUGCUUUAAAAUAGGACGAUAUACUGUGAUACAAAUAUUUUGGAGUCUGUCUUCAGAUUAACUGUCUGGUUACAUAAAGGCCAAAGCAUUUUCAAUUUCAGACUCGCUUUUUUUAACUGGGACUCAUUGGUUCUUGACUGGGACUCAAGAUUGAAAAAGAUCAAAAGAAGAAGAUCAAAAAGUCCCAGGACUCAGCAUAACUAUUGGUGACAAAAUCACUGCACCUGAGGGUUUAUUCUUAGGCUUAAUCUUAAAGCCAGUGUUUAUGGCAUAAUAAACAGACCAAGGAAGAAUAUAAUGUACUGCUCAACUGCUUUUUUUUAAAUGGUGACCUUUAACCACAGAAUAAUGCAUUAUUAGUCAACAUGGCCUGUCAGCCUGUCAGGUUGUAAAAACCUGUUUCACAGGGCAUUACUAGUUGUAAGUAACAGAGCUGUUUUUUAGUCACUCAACCCAUUCAAUUCCUUUGUUGUGAUCAUUCAAAUCUAAACUCAUGUAUUGUGCGUAUAAUGUCACAGGAAUCAAGUCAAAGAAGAUAAACACAAGAAGAAAGGAUUUUGUGAAUGCUGUUGUGUUCAUUAUGAGGAUCUAGACUUGGUGAGAAAUGUGACAAUUUUCUUUUUUAAUUAAAAAAUCAUUGAAUUGAUACAUGAAUUCAGACCUAAAACUGCUUUUUCGUAGUCUUAGCUCAACACUCAGCUCAGUAAGAUUGUCUUUUUGUGAAGUGUGACAAGCAUCUGUUGUUGUUUCCAUGUAGCACCUACAAAGUGAUCGGCACCAGUCCUUUGCUAGAGAUCCAUCAAACUAUCGUAGUUUAGAUGAGUUGAUCAAAAAAGGCCCUAGCUUACAGGCCUUCCUGGAGAAAAUGUUACUACAACAUGAACAGAAGCAGAAAGAACAACAAGCAAAAAAGACGAGGUGAAUACUGUAAAAAUAUAUAGUAUAGUUCAAGUUUAUGGUAGCAUAAACUGUUGUUAAUAAACCUGAGAAUGAUGCCCUAUGAAAGCACACUUAGGACAUACUAGCAACAAUCAUGUCUCUGUUCUUAUGUCACACAACGUGCAACAUUUGUAUAGGUUUUUGUACUAAGUAGUGGUAGAUACUAGUUCAAAGUACAAGAAAGAACAAUGAACACUAACUAGUUGUUUGAUUACAAUGUAUCCUUCUUCUUUGGCAAAGUCCACUGUAAUGUAGCAUGAUAUAUUACUAGACUCUACAAAGGUUCCAUUCAUAUUAUCACAUGCUUAUCAUGCUCAUGUGGUCCUUUUUUUGCGGUACACUGUCCUUUCCCAGUCAAAAAUAUGACGCCAAAUAGACCUCUUCGGUGAAGCAGUCUCUCUUUAUUAAAAUACACCGUCUUCACAAAUGGCGGACACGCGGGAAAAAACUGGUGCCUAGUCAUGAAAGCGAGGCGUUGGAGGGUAAACAAAAAUUGCAAAUGAAGACUUUCAAUGAACUUGCAGAGUGUUUAGCACGGAUUCCACCUAAAAUAACUUUGUACGGACUUCUUUUUAAAUACAAUUACGUGGGAUGUCUUCUGCUUCUAAAGAGACGCGUAUAUCUUCAAGGAAACAGGAUGAUUUUGUAGGUUUCCGAAGCAAGUGGGCGAUGGCUGGAGAAAAGCGGCAAACAUGUUGGCCCAAACUUCACAUUGAAACCGAGUUCGAAAGCCAGCUCACUGCAAUUCGGUAAAACAAAAAUAUAAACAAUGCAAAUCUUGGUGGCAAGAAACAAAGAAAUAAGCGAUGGAUAUAUGGCCUACUUGUUAACGCAAGAGACGUGUGCCAUUGAACAAAACAGUUCAAAUCGAGAUGGAAAAAAGGAAGACAGGAAAGAAGCGGUGACUGAGGUUUCGAUGAAGUUAUGUUUGGUUUUUGUUUGCCAGGACGUUAUUCUCUGGUCUUUAUCGAUGACGGNGUUUAACCUAGUAAAAUGUGAGCUUUAUACCACUUUUUUACCAAGAGCUCUCCGAGAUAAUGCCGUAAAGGAGACCAGGCAAAUAGCAAGCCAUAAGAUUCACACACUAGAGCUUCUAGUUUUGAUAAAAUUAUUUUAUUUCGCAAUGACAAAGAAAUCAAAAGAUUUUAAAUUUGCACUAAAUUUGCUAAGCUCUGCCAACGUACCUCUAACAAUUCACUCCUAAGCGACGGAAUUAAUAUCAUCCAAAGGAAGUUGUAAAUACAGACAUACAUAGAUAUGUGUAAAAUGUCACUAACAUGAAUGAAUGAGUCUCGUGAAUGAAUCUUUCACCCGCUCUCGACUUGACCUGUUUUGAGUAAUGGCGGAGGUCUCUUCCGUUGACAAGUAGGCCAUAUAUCCGUCGCUUAUUUCUUUUUUUCUUGCCACCAAUAUCUGUUUUUACUUCUGUUUUACAGAAUUGCAGUGAGCUGGCUUUCGUAUUUGGUUUCAGCGUGAAGUUUGGGCCAACAUGUUUGCCGCUUUUCGCCAGCCAUCACCCACUUGUCGAGCUUCUGAGGCUUCGGCAACCUACAAAAUCAUCCUGUUUCCUUGAAGAUAUACGCGUCCCUUUUGAUUGCAAACAGCAAAUCAGUACGAAACAUUAAAAGCAGAAGACGUCCCACGUCAUUGUAUUUAAAAAGACGUCCAUACAAAGUUAUUUUAGGUGGAAUCCGUGCUAAACACUCUGCAAGUUCACUGAAAGUCUUCAUUUGCAAUUUUUGUUUACCCUCCAACGCCUCGCUUUCAUGACUAGGCACCAGUUUUUUCCCGCGUGUCCGCCAUUUGUGAAUACGGUGUAUUAAACGUGCAAUCUUCAUUUUCUUCCCUCCUCUUUUCUUUCUGUUCGCUCUUUCUAUUUUUCCCUUCGUUAGUGUGAUUUUUGGGCCCUUCGCCCCUUUUCCACUCAAGUGGCCGCAAAUUUCUGCAGAUGGAUAUACAUGUAUAAGACGAGUAACAUGCAAGUGAAGUAAUAUCCCUGUAAGAGCAUGAUGAACCCUUAAUGAUUCUGAGAGUCUAAUCACUGACUUCCUGAAUCAGAAGGAAAGAAACGAAAGGACUAUUUACGAUAACAACUGCCCUACUCUAUUACGAUUCUCUCACGAAAUAUUUAAAACAACUACUAACUGUUUUUUUUUUUAUACAUACAUGUACUAUUUGUGUUUAAGGCAUACUUUUACCGCUUUUGUAAAAAAUGUCUCCUUUCUCCUUUCAGAAAUGAAUUGACAACUGCAGAAAAAUCCGUGGUUGAAAACGAAAAUAAAACCCCAACGAAACAUAACACGCAAGAAAUCUCACCAGAUAGCCAAACGCCGGUCGACCAUACCCCAGACAAAAAGAACGAGUGCUAUACACCCACCAACCCCUCCCCAGGUAACACGAGUAAAUGUCAAACAUUUACUAACCACUCCUCCCCGGAGAAAAAGUCAAGUGAUGAUGGUACGCCAGCUAGAGUGUUAAGAUCAGGGAGCACGAAAUCUGACACCUCGAUUGCCGAAAAGCGAAGCUCACGGAGCAGCCCAAGAACACAAAUUGCUUUGAAGGAAAAGAAUAACGAGGAACUAUGUACUACAGAACAAAAGUUUGUAAAAACGAAAGAGCUUAAUUUGGAGAAAUCAAGCAAUAAGUCACCCGAAAAACGAGCACGUCAUGCUAAAACGCCUUCGACGUUAUCUAGCGCCGUUGCGGGACGUUCCAACAGCGACAAGCCUGCGUCUGGUGUUCAGGAAGAGCAAGACAGCCAUGUGCCUGCAAAGACAACGCUUAAAAAGAAGUCACCAAACCGAGAAAAUCAAGCAGACCCUGCGGAAGCAUGCUUGAAAACUCAAAGACGUCAAUCAGAUUCUUCUGGUGAGAGCAGCAGCAAAGAAAAUCAAGAUCCUGCUGCUCCGGUUUAUUAUUCAGUAGAGACGGCCGAUUAUGAAGAACACAUGGGACGAUCGAUGCUUCGAUCUAAGACGAUUCUUGACGACCACCAACUGCACCUCAACGAAGAUUACGUCGAACACGAGAGUCGUGUCGACGCUAAAACUGUUGAGGAAGGAGAGUUAAAUCAAGAUGUGGAAAUGGCUUGUUCUAAAAAGUCAAGUCUUAGAUCUGCGACAAAGUUGAGUCCUGCUCACGAAUUAACAAAUAUAAGCUUACCAACAACAGAUGAAGAAAUCACUAAUGCGGAAGCGCAAAAACAAAGCCCUGAAAUACCGAGCGGUUGUUCUGCUGAAAAAAUGAGUCCCGCUCGAGAGUUAAGGAACCUUAAAUCGCCAGCAGAGAUGGAAGAAGGGAACUCUUUGGAGUUGGAAAAGGGAAGCCCUAGACGAAGGAGUCUUAGAUCUGCUUUGAAAGUCAGCCCCGCUGGAAAAUUGAAGAGUUCUGAAUCACUAAAAGAGAAGGAAAAACAUCAGAGCCCCAUCAAAGAUGACUGUGGACAAGAACAUGAAAAGUCAAGAACCAAGACUCUUUGUUCUUUUUCAAAAAUGAGUCCUGCCAAAGAUUUAAAGAUCACUGAAUCGCCCACUAGGGAAGAAGAGAGGAGUGCUGAGGUUGUGGAAAAGGGAAGCCCCAGAAGAUCAAGCCUUAGAUCUGCGACAAAGUUUAGACCUGUUGAAGGAUUAAAAAGUCCUAAGUCGCCAAAAUCAGUAGAAGAGACCAAUGCAGCGGGAGAAAACUUACAAAGAACCACACGAUCGCGAACUCAAUUUUCAUCGAAGACAAGUAGCCAGUCCUUAGGUGAAAGCACUUUCCUGAGUACAACGAAAGCAAGUAAAAUGUCCAUCAAUAAUGGCACAGUGGAAAACACCUUUCCUUCGACGCAGAUGAAUGAUUGCUCAAAUUCUGGAGAAAUCACAGCAAGUAGUGUUUCUUCUCAAGUUGCUGAGGGAUCCACAGACAAAGAAAAGUCAGCGUUUAACGCGGAUAAAAGGAAGACGAAUCCCCACAUUCAAGAAAACGUGAGUGCGAGCGAUACACGUCCCUCAAGAGGAGGCAAGACAGUAGCAGACAAAAGCCAGUCAGACAGCCAAAGUCCCCAAUUUCGUUCCCGUGGUUCCGAAGUUGUCACUCAUGUUAAGGUGCAGUUGCAAGACUGUCGCCGAAUGUGCGUUGGUCGCAACAGACCCGUACUGGAAAGACAAUCCGAUGAAUCAGAAACAGAGAGCAUUCAGUUGUCAAGUGAGGAGAACUAUUCGCCAACUAAAGACAUGCCCAAAAAUGGCACGUCUUCGGGCGAAGAGGGGGAAGAGAUCUCUAGUACACCUACCCUGGACCCUUGCCCUUCAUCUCCACGUUCGGAGAAGUCAGGAUACUCCGACGAAAGGGGCGAAUACAGUUUGCGAAAACGUGUUGAACGACAACAAGAAGAGAAAACAGGCGUCACCAGAAGGACACGAUCAAACUACAAAAUUUCCAUUGAGGAGUUACAAAAGGCUGGCACUUCUGCUCGUGAACGCAGGAAAACCGUUCCUUUUCCUUAUACAAGCGUCAAGACGAAGAGUCCAAAGCAAAGAUGUAAUUCUCUCCGAACCCUUGGGAAUAGCACACCAGAAAAGAAAAAGGUCAAAAAGAGUAAAGCCAUGAAAAGCCCACUUAAUGAAAGUCCUCAAAGAAAUGUCCCAAGAAAAGAGCCCUCGUCUGAAUCCGAAUCCAGCGCCCCUUCUGAGAGCCCUCGUAGCGGGCCCAUUCGUGAAGCAAGAGACAGGCUGAGGCCUGUGGCUGUUUGUAACUUGAGUAGAGCGAGCCUUGACAGGGAAAAUACAGAAACUCUUUCAGUGUUAUCAGAAACCACCGCUUCGUUGGGAAAUCUUUCGACAGUCGCUUUUUGCGGGACACCGCGUCACUCGAAUCCCGAGGACUUGAAACGUGUGGGUCAUCGCCCGAAAACAGGUGAAACGUUGCUGUCAGAAACGGAACUCUUGAGGCAAGAGGGGUCUCAAUCAGCUAAUUUUUUGGAUAAAGAUCGCACUAUGGAGCCAAAAUUUUCUCGCUUGUUUGAUUCAGAUGACGAGCCCGAAGACUUCUAUGGUUUCCAUGUACCACAGUUUGACAGGUCGUUUUCGUCGGAAGGAGAUCUAAGUUAUAAAAUAAAUUCUAUAGUGGAAAGUAUGAGUCAGGUAGAAGAAAGUCAAGGUACUAUAGAUGAUGUUGAAAAUGUCACCAUACAAAAGGAUGAUACUGAAACCGAAAAUGAACAAGAAAACGGUGCCAAAACCAUUGACGAAAGGGAGAUCAUCAGACAAGAAAGAAUUUACCAGAAAGUUGUCGAACAAAGAACCUCAAAAGUCUAUGAAAGGAAGGUGACACGAAAAAGAAAAUCAGUUAGUCCUAUUGAAAGUGUCAUUGCUGAUGUAGAGAGGGUUCAGUCUUAUUCCAGAUGCGAACGACAAAGAGUCGGUGGUUUUUCCAUGGAUGAUUCUUCCUUUGUGGAAGAUGUUGAUGAAGAUGACGACGUGUUCAGUGCAGUGUCUGACAGCAGUGAAGGAGAAGAAGAUGAAGUGUCAUCACCGCUCAGCAUCACUUCCUGGAGAAAGAAACGGAAGUCUGAAGACCUCCAACCGGAAAUUGACAGGCCAGCGAAACGACGAAGGCCGCAAGAGCGAUGGAGUGAGCUGUCUCUGGCUGAGUCGUCCGUCAGAAGUUCCAUGUCUGAAACUCCCGUAAAAUCUAAACCAGGAGGAGGACAGAUACGGAAGAAAAUUGGUAAUAAGCAGCCGACAGGUUUAAAGUCAAAACUUGAUGAAAUGCUGGAGAAAGGGAACAAAAAACGAGUUAAAUCUCUGUCCUCAAUUGGUGAGUUCUACGAUAUUGACGAGCCAGUUUUCCAAACGCUUGAAGAACGCGUUAAACUUCGACGACUCAGGAAGAUCUCUCGUAAAGCGCGAGAACGUUCCUCGUCAUCUGAGCAAAAUCAGAACAUCGACACGCCAAGAAAAUCAGAAUCGAAGACCAAACCUUCUACGACUAAACAAGAUACAGCACAAAAGGAGGUCAUGCGAUUACAAAUGGCGUCGCCUAGAACGGGCAAUUCGUCCAAGGCAAAGAGUGUUACCCCUCUUCGAUCAUCUUCGAGGCUUAACCGAGCAAAAAGUUCCUCUGGUGUGAGCGAGUCACCGCUUACUGCUCUUUCUGGGAAACCGCGAAGAUCUACGUGGAUUGAUGAAUUUAGCGCGUUUGCAUCGCCGCCCUUGGAACUUCCAGGCGUUGGUAGAAAACGCUUUCGAUGCUCUACGCCUGCUUCGGCAGGUCAUCCUAAACAUUCUCUGAGGCUGCGAGUAAGAGACAAAGUGGAGUCACGGAACGCAAAGCAAAAGGAUCCGUUUGCGUUUGACGAGUAG